AUGACUCCUUCACCUGGUUCAUCCAAGAUGUUCCAUACUUUUCAAGGUCUGGCGCCGCCCCAGACGGCAUCUGAGCAAUCGCAGGAAACACCAAGACCCGCACACAGCGGGGUCUCUAAAAGAAUCACAACUCCACACGCAUGUGCAGAAUGUAAAAGACGGAAAAUCCGCUGUGAUGGGCGACAGCCUUGCGGUCAGUGUCUAGGAUGCCGCUCGCCCAAGCCAUGUUACUAUGACAAACACCGACAGAGGGUUAUCCCUUCACGAAAGACUCUUGAUGCCCUCUCGCAGUCUCUAGAGGAAUGCAGAAGCAUCCUCAAACGCUUGUAUCCCACUCGGGAUGCACAGUCACUGCUUUCACUAACCCGCCAGGAUCUAAUUGCUCUGCUCGAUCGUCCAGGACCGCAAGGUCUACCAUCUCAAAUGUCGCCGACAGGCACGGGCUCGAACACAUCUCCGCUCUCCCAGGAAUUCCAGUCUCCCAUUGCAUCCAACUCGGACGAUGACCGCAGUCUUGCCAACCUGGAGCAGAUCCCCAGCCUGGAUAUGGAGUGGGACGAGGAGCGGCGCAACCGAGAUCCCAUACCAGCAGAGGCCGACGACGUGAAUGCUCUUUCGCUCUCGAUGGAUCGGCAGUCCUCGUACUUGGGCGCCAGCUCAAUCAAAGCAGCAUUCUUGGUGAUGCUCAAGGUUGCACCGAUCCUUCGGUCAUUCCUUGCACCACCUCAAAAUGGUACUGGCAAUGGAAUCACCAAUGGAACCAGCAAUGGCAACAAGCAAGGAAACGUUGCGGGCAACUAUCCAACACCUCGGACUGAAAGUUCGGUGAAAAGCUUAAGCUUGCCUACAAUUUCAUGGUCUUCGGAUGGGCAAACAUUGAUUGAUGCAUACUUCAAUCGUGUCCAGAUCUUUGUGCCUAUGCUGGAUGAGCCAUCUUUCAGAGCCGAUUAUCUGAAUGGGCGACGCCAGGACGCGCCAUGGCUUGCCUUGCUCAACAUGGUCUUCGCUAUGGGCAGCAUCGUCGCCAAUAAAUCCGACGACCACACGCACAUUAAUUACUACAACCGAGCGAAGGAGCAUCUCGGAAUUGAUAGCUUCGGUAGCGCUCAUUUGGAGACUUUGCAAGCUUUGGCAUUGAUGGGCGGCUACUACCUGCACUACAUCAACAGACCCAACAUGGCAAACGCGGUUACGGGAGCAGCUUUACGCAUGGCCUGUGCAAUGGGACUGCACCGAGAGAGCAUGCCCGAGCAAAGCGGCAAUGCCCUUGUUAGGGAGCAAAGACGGCGGACUUGGUGGAGCGUAUUCUGUCUUGACACUUGGGCAUCUACUACUCUUGGGAGACCUUCGAUGGGAAGAUGGGGACCUGGAAUCACCAUUUGCUCCCCCGAAGAAAGCCUUGAUCCGAAAAUAAUGGGCCAGAAUGCUGGCAUAAUUCCUUUGAUUGAAAACAUCAAGUUCUGUAAAAUAUCUACGCAGAUCCAAGAUGUGCUCGCCCAGUCACCGCUUCUCCGCACCGAGGACCGCACAGUUCUAGACGGCCAGCUUGUUGCGUGGCACGAUAGCCUUCCCUGGAUCCUCAAGUCAGCGGAACCAUGUGCCGAAUCUAUACACACAGCACGUUCUGUCAUGAAGUGGCGCUACCAAAAUAUUCGCAUUGUUCUUUACCGACCAGUCCUCCUGAAUCUUGCCAACCGUGGAAACGAAGGCCAGCCGAGUCAGGAAGAGCUGGCAGCAGUAGCUAAGUGCCGUGCCAUAGCCAAACAAAGCAUCGAGGAUAUUGCGGGCGAAUGGACCCAGAACCAGAUGCUUGGCUGGAACGGAGUCUGGUUCUUGUACCAGGCUUCAAUGAUUCCUCUUGUUAGUAUGUUCUGGGAGUCUUGGAACACACAGCUCGUGAGAGAUUGCCAGGUUCAAAUUGAGAUUGUCCUUGAAGCGCUUGAGGGCAUGUCUGAUUGGUCACUGGCGGCAAGAAGGAGUCGGGAGGUUUUGGUGAAGAUGUAUGAGGCGAGUAAGAGGCCUCCAACAAGACAAACAAGCCCUCGAAUCGGACCGGUGGUGGUAAAGGGAGAGAUUGGCAUCAAAGGGUUAACACCGCCUUCUAUGAACGGUGCCAACGGAAUGACACAAACGAUGAAUGGACACGGAAUGAAUGGGCAAGUGAUGGACGGACUUGAAGUUCAACACAUAGAUAUGAUAGGAGAAGACGGAAUGGUCAUGGUAGAUCACCAAGCCGUAUGGGAUCUCGAUGGGAUGCUUUGGGGAAAUCUCCCAGAUGGACUGGAUAUUCCCUUUGAUCGGAUGCUAAUGGACUUUGACGAUGCAAGCAUGGGAUACGGCGGGAAUUACCUGAUGCAACAAUGA